AUGCCAUUAUCCAAUGAGGAGCUUGGCGAAUAUAUAGCGUCAUUAGAGCGCCUACUCCAAGGGAACCCUGCAGGCCAGACCGCUGCUCUCACAGGCUACGUGCAUAAGCUCGAGGCUUUGACACGUAGUGGAGACCAUGAGCCAGCAGAGAAGACGCUACAACUUCUUGGGACGGCUGUUGGUGGCCGAAAACGAUGGCAGACUCCAUUCAGAGACAGUGGCAUCCUAGCAUACGCUCUUCGCGGCCUGUCUACUGUUCGCCAUGAGGAUCCCAUAGCGAAGCAAUACCUGAGAGUCAUCGGCAACUCAGUAGCUGACAAUGAUACAAACAGAGAGAUCGCCGUAAGGGACAUGCAAAGCAUUGCUGGCUGUCUCACAUCACCAGAGCUUCGUCUAACUGCAUUGGCUGUGCUUUUCAAUCUUUGCAACGACUUUGAACCUGCCAAAGCCGCCGCUGCCGCCCUUAGGCUAGAUGCCACAAUAACAACAUACCUUGUCCUUGACAGGAUACCUGAAUCUGGACUUGACUACGCCACAGAUUUACUCAGUUGGGCUACGAGCAACCUAAAUGAUGCGCAGUUCAAAGACGAAGUUUCGCUCGAAACGUUCAAGAGUUUACUAAAUGUGGCGCUCCAAUACGAUGAAGAUCACCAUCUCGAAUAUAUGGCCAUCUUGGUCCAUUAUCUUCAGGAUAUGGAAUUCCAGCAGAGAAUUGCAACACCAAAACUGUUAGACGACCUUGUCACACUGAUGCUGGAGUUUGAGGCACGUCUUCAGCCCGACGAGAUCGAGGCUGUAUUCCAGGAGCUUGCAACAAGCAAGAACGCUGACACCGUCACGUCAGAUGAGGCUCAGGUCCUGUUGCUAGCUCAGCUGAUCGGUCUGCUGUCUGCAGCUUCAUCGACGGAUGUUUUUGCACGAAACUUCAACGUCAGAAGUCCAGUCAUCGAAAGAUUGGAAGCAAAGCUUCGAGCACCAUGGGAAAGCGCACACCCGUCGACGAUAUGUGCAUGUGUUAUGGUUGGAAACUUGGCCAUGUCUGAUGAGGUUUGCAUCGACAUGGUCAAAAUUAUGGAGCUUCAUCUCCGGUUGAUAACUAUUCUCAAGAAGAGUGAUAAGCUGGCGCUUCUAUACGCUGCGGCUGGUUUCAUGCGACAUCUUACCUUUCCAGAGGCUAACAGGGCUGUACUUGCAGAUGCCGGUCUCAUGGAAGCAUGCUGUCGUAUGCUCGUACUCGAAGACCCGUCGGUUCGUGGCGAAGCAGCAGCUAUGCUUUGCAAGCUCGUUACCGGCAAUUUCCACAACAUCGAAAAAGUCAUGUACGAGACGGUCGGCCCCGAUACCGAAGCAACAGACUCAGAGAUCUCGGCCGAAACCGUCAUUUUUUCACACAUCGUCGAGCAAGCCCUUGCCCCAUCUGCGCCACUACCCAGCACCACGAUGAAAAAUCCCAUGGUCGAGCUCGGCCGUACCAUUGUUGCCAUGCUUCGCUAUCUUGGGCGACCGAAUGCCGAGAAGGAUGUUGAGGCAGUGCAAAUACAGAUUUUGCAGGUACCCCAGAUUGCCAAACCGAUCGCCCAGCUCGUACGCCAGCGUUUCUAUCCUGAAGCCAGAUCCGAAGGGCUACUCGGCCUAGGCUUGCUGGCCCAGACUAUGGAAGGCGCCGCAUCCAUUGCUGAAGAAAUCAAAGAAGAUGCUGGCCUCCUUGAAACUAUUAAAGAGCAUGCAAAUGCAACAGAAGCAGGUCUUGCACAGCAAACACCCACAACAGCUAGUAGAGACCAUCAAAACGCGAUUGUGCUGCUCCAAGCGCUGCAGAACAAUGCGGUAAGAGAACUCCAAGAAGCCGUCGGGGAAGUACUAAGGACUUCCAGGCUGACCAAAUGGACACAAUACUCUCGCAUUAGACAGUCGCUGUCCAAACACCAGCGGGACAAUAGCACGUGGCGUAGAUCCUCGGGCGACAUCAGUGUAGUGAGUAGUCCUGGACGAGACUCGCCAGGGAGAGUCCGAGACUUGACGAGGAGGGUUACAGAAGCUGCAAUAACGACGCCUGGUCGGCCCAGGACUUCUACAUAUGCGGGAGAUCCUAAUUAUGACCGACCAAGAACACCGGUGAGGGUGAGAGAGGUCAUGGACAACUUUGAGCAAGUCUCUCCUCGGACGGUGAAGGAAUCCCCGGCGAGGGAACGGUUGAAGGGGAAAGGCAUGAAGCGGACUAGCACAGCUCCCGCAUGA